ACAAACACAGAAAAAAAGCUUCACUUCACAGAAGAGGGGGAAAACCCGACCCGAAUCUCACGAUCCAAACCCGAUGGAGUCGAUACUGGGUCGGGCUCUGGAGUACACUCUCAAGUACUGGCUCAAAUCCUUCUCCCGAGAACAGUUCAAGUUGCAAGGCCGCACCGUUCACCUCUCCAACUUAGAUAUCGACGGCGACGCUUUGCAUUCAAGUGUCGGAUUGCCGCCGGCGCUGAACGUCGCCACCGCCAGAGUUGGCAAGUUGGAGAUAACACUUCCGUCGGUGAGUAAUGUGCAAAUAGAACCGAUCGUUGUGAAUAUUGAUAGCCUCGAUCUUGUUCUUGAGGAGAAUUCUGAUUUUGAUGCAUCUCUUAGUCCAAAUAGUGCCACGCCGUCGGCUGCCUCCGCCAAGGGUAGCGGAUAUGGUUUUGCUGAUAAGAUUGCAGAUGGCAUGACUAUAAAAAUUCAGACAGUUAAUUUAUUACUUGAAACUCGCGGUGGUUCUCGUCGCCAAGGGGGAGCAACAUGGGCCCCACCUAUGGCAGCUAUCACCAUACGCAACCUUUUGCUGUAUACCACAAAUGAAACCUGGCAGGUUGUAAAUCUCAAGGAAGCACGGGAAUUCUCAAGUAACAAGAAGUACAUAUAUGUCUUCAAAAAACUGGAAUGGGAAUCUUUGUCUGUUGAUCUUUUGCCUCAUCCUGACAUGUUCGCGGAUGCUGCGUUAGGCUGCUCCCAAGAGGGAUCAAACCUGAGGGACGAUGAUGGCGCAAAGCGAGUAUUCUUUGGAGGGGAGCGUUUUAUAGAAGGAAUAUCUGGAGAAGCAUAUAUCACAGUUCAGAGAACAGAGUUGAACAGUCCUCUUGGGCUUGAGGUUCAAUUGCAUAUCAAUGCAGCUGUUUGCCCUGCAUUAAGCGAACCAGGACUUCGUGCACUUCUCCGCUUUAUGACAGGAUUAUAUGUUUGUCUAAACAGGGGUGAUGUUGAUUUCAAGGCUCAGAAGCAAUCCACUGAAGCAGCUGGGCGUUCUCUAGUCUCAAUUGUCAUAGAUCAUAUAUUUCUUUGCGUCAAAGAUACUGAGUUCCAGCUUGAGCUUUUGAUGCAGUCCCUCUUUUUUUCUCGGGCCAGUCUUUCUGAAGGAGACAAUGACAAUAACUUGACCAGGAUUACAAUUGGUGGAUUAUUUUUGAGGGACACCUUCUCUUCCCCUCCAUGUACCUUAGUGCAACCAUCAAUGCAAGCUGUCUCAAGAGAUGCCUUCCUUGUGCCAGAAUUCGCCAGAAGCUUUUGCCCUCCAAUAUAUCCUCUACAAGAACAGCAGUGGCAGUUGAUUGAGGGAACCCCUCUAAUAUGCCUCCAUGCUCUUCAGAUCAUGCCUUCUCCACUUCCACCAUCCUUUGCUUCUCAAACAGUUAUUGACUGUCAGCCUCUAAUGAUUCAUCUCCAGGAAGAAUCAUGCCUGAGGAUAUCAUCUUUAUUAGCUGAUGGUAUUGUUGUCAAUCCUGGUGACAUUUUACCGGAUUUCUCAGUGAAAUCUUUUAUUUUCACUCUCAAGGGUCUGGAUCUUACAGUUCCUUUUAACAAGGCCAAACUGGAUAUUUCUAGAAGUGACAUGGACAAUACAGUCCAGACCUCCUUUGCGGGAGCAAGGCUUCAUAUUGAAAACCUUUUCUUUUUAGAUUCACCCUCAUUGAAACUAAGAAUGCUGAACUUGGAGAAGGAUCCUGCUUGCUUCUGUCUUUGGGAAGGUCAACCAAUUGAUGCUAGCCAGAAGAAGUGGACUGCGAGAGCAUCCCAGCUUACUUUAUCUCUGGAAGCAUGCACUGACACAACUGGAGGUCAAAAUUCCUUUGGACAGACUGAAGGAUUGUGGAGAUGUGUUGAUCUGAAAGAUGCUUGCAUUGAAGUAGCUAUGGCAACUGCUGACGGCAGUCCAUUGUUAAAAGUUCCUCCUCCUGGGGGUAUUGUCAGGGUUGGAGUUGCUUGUGAACAAUAUCUAUCCAAUACUUCUGUUGAACAGUUAUUUUUUGUCCUGGAUCUCUAUGGUUAUUUUGGGAGAGUUGGUGAGGAAAUAGCAAUGGCUGGAAAAAGGAAACAAUCCGAGGACAUUAGGGACAAAUCUUUUAGUGGAAAGCUUAUGGACAAGGUUCCUAGUGAUACUGCUGUGAGUUUAGCAGUGAAAGAGCUCCGACUUCAAUUUCUGGAGUCUUCUUCAGUGAAUGUUGAGGGAAUGCCUUUAGUACAGUUUGUUGGAGAUGAUUUGUUUACUAGUGCCAGUCAUAGAACCCUUGGUGGGGCUAUUGUUGUUUCAUCUACUUUACUUUGGGAGAGUGUUGAGAUAGGUUGUGUGGAUGCUGAGGGGCACUUGGCAUGUGUAAAUGGCUCAUUCUUGAGUUCUAGUGAAAAUGCUCCCUCACCUAGUGAUAAUGGAUAUCCUCAACUAAGAGCUGUUUUCUGGGUGCAUAAGAAUGAGAAACAUCUAUUGAAUGGAAACGCUCAUUCAGUCCCUUUUCUGGACAUAAGCAUGGUGCAUGUCAUACCAUUACAUGAACAAGAUUUGGAGUCUCAUAGUUUGAAUGUCUCAGCUUCUGUAUCUGGCGUUCGUCUUGGUGGAGGAAUGAACUAUGCUGAAGCCCUCCUGCAUAGAUUUGGAAUACUUGGGCCUGAUGGUGCUCCUGGGGUGGGUCUUCGUAAAGGGUUGGAAAACUUACAGAAAGGACCAUUGUCAAAAAUUUUUAACACAACUCCUCUCAUUGUUGAUAAUUCAGAAGAUGGUAUGAAACAAACACUGGAAGGGAAAGAAACCAGUUUUCCACACUUGAAGAAGCCAGAUGAUGUGGAUGUAACUAUAGAAUUGAGAGAUUGGUUAUUUGCUCUUGAAGGUGCGCAAGAGAUGACUGAAAGAUGGUGGUUCUACAGCCAUGGAGAUGAAGGCAGAGAAGAGAGGUGUUGGCACACAUCUUUCCAUGCUUUACGAGUCAAUGCAAAAAGUAGCCCAAAGAAUAUUCCUGAUGGAAAAGCACGAUUGUGUAGAAUACAACAACAUCCAGUAGAACUGGUUACGGUUGGAGUUCAAGGACUGCGAAUCUUGAAGCCUCACACCCAGAAAGACAUUCCUUCAUCAAUUCUAAUUGCUAACGGGGUUAAAGAGUUUACUGACACAGUUGGAGGAAUUGGUCUUGAAGUUCGCUUGAUAUUAUGUGAGGAUAAUGUUGCUGAAGAAACGACUAAUUGGGAAGUGGAAAACCUAAAAUUCUCUGUUAAACAACCGAUUGAGGCAGUUGUAACCAAGGAUGAGCUUCAGCACUUAACUUUUCUGUGCAAAUCUGAAAUUGAUUCAAUUGGCCGGAUAACUGCUGGGGUUAUACGGCUGCUCAAGUUAGAAGGUUCUGUUGGUCAGUCUGUAAUAGAUCAACUUGGCAACCUAGGAAGCGAGGGCAUUGACAAGAUUUUCUCUUCUGAAAAGCUUAGUAGGGACGGUACUGUUGGUAGUAGAGGACUUUCUCCAUUACCAAACUUGAUAAACGAAGAAUCCCACAAAACUAUGGAACAGACAUUGACUUUGCUUGAGGAAGCGGUUGUGGAUACACAGGCUAAACUCAAUGAUUUAGUCAGUGAUAUUGGUACUUCAGAGUCUUCUUCAGUUCAACACCUUACCAUCAUCAAACUGAGUCAAAAGAUUGAUACUAUGCAGGGGUUAUUGAUUCAAUUACGGAAUCAAAUUUAAGGGGAUUCGGCCAUUUUUUAUGUAUAAUUAUAUUCAAAAGAUUAUCAAUUAUAUAGGUUACAAAUCUUGUGUAUAUAGGAUACAAAUCCUUGUUGGGUGUUGUACAACUUGGGUAGAUGCUGAGGCUCCACAUUGUUGUAACAGAAAUUUUGUUCCCUCGAGCAAAAAUUGCAAUCUGAAGAGUUUUUUUUUCA